AUGGCUUCCCACUAUCCGUGUAAGAACUCCAUUUUAGAGCGAGAACGCAAACGAGCAGAAAGAAAAUUGAUGAAGAAAGAAGAGAAGAAGAAAAAGGAAGCUGAGAAAACGCCGGAACAAAUCCGAAUUGAACAUGAAAUGGCGUAUCAAGCUCGUGAAGCCAAACGAGCUCGGCGAGGCAAGAUGACACGAUUGCGAGCUGUGGUUGAGACGUCUGCUAAGAAAAAAGUUGGCAUGGCUAAGAAACGGUCAAUGAAGUUGUCGGAUAUACCAGCGAUUGAGGUCGAGUUUACACUAAAUUUUUUCCUUUUUCCGUGA